AUGAACAAGUAUUUUAAAAACUUUAUAGUAUGCUCAGACAUUGAUCAAUAUUGCUUGCUAUGCAAGGAAACGUUUCAACUUAUACAGGAUAUUGAAAAACAUAUACGAUGGGAACAACAUAGAAAAAAUCUCAAAUCUCAAACACCUAUGGCGAAAUUUGCUAAAGAGGAUAUUCAUAAGAUUGAAAACAUAUAUUAUUGUGAAAUAUGUAAUAAAAUACUGCCGAAUAUAACUUCAGUAAAAGAACAUGUCAAGAGCGAAAAACACGUAUUUCUUAAAACCAAUCCCGACCCUCAACCAAAGAAACCUGCCGGGUUGUAUCAAUCUGGCUAUGUCUUAGUUGGGCAAGUCAUUUUAAGUAAAGCCCAGUGGCAUUCUAUUGUAGAUAACAAAUGUCAGAUUUGUAAUGUUUAUGUAAAUAAUGUUUAUGAGCAUGUGAAGCUGGAAGAACACAUGCUCAAGUUCUUGCAGUGUGAAACCAAAUAUUCUGAUAAUCAGUUUUAUAGAAAGAAGUCGUGUCAACUUUGUCGUGUAAAAUUUGGAAAUACCGUUGACUCCGGUGUCACCCACCGGGCCACGCUCACUUCUGUACAAGCUCCCUUUAGCCACACUCCUGCGGCCGCGCCCACGCCAGACUUAUCAGAUCUAUUGAAGAUGAUGGUGGCUGUACAAAAUAGGCAAGACCAGCUUGAUAGAAAGAAUGCAGGAGAUAAAUGCAAUGGGAUCGGGUUGGAAAAUGGUCUACAGGCGAUCGAAAAUAUGAAACCAGAAACUACCGGUGUUCAAAUUCAAACUGCUGCGCGCUGGUUUGGCCAUAAGAGUAUAAUCCGAAGUAAUCUGAACCGUAGAAAAGAGACCAUUAAUGAAGAUAAAUACCACUGUUGGGCUUGUAAGGCCAUAUACUCAGCCGUGGGUUAUGAAGAACAUUUAGAAGACUGCGAAAAUAAAGAUGAAGUGGAGGUUCAAGAACUAAAUGUUUCUAAAACUGGUACCAAAACUACUACUGAUACUACUACUGAUCCUGCUGUUGAUCCUGCUGUUGAUCCUGCUGUUGAUCCUGCUAUUGAUCCUGCUGUUGAUCCUGCUGUUCAUCCUGCCGUUGAUCCUGCUAUUGAUCCUGCUGCUUAUCCUGCUGUUGAUCCUGCUGCUGAUCCGGUUGCUGAUUCUGCUGCUGUUCCUACUAUUGAUCCUAUGGCUGUUGUUAAGCAAUUGUCCGAUACCUUAGCUCUUCAUGAGGAAAUAGAACGUAAUCUUCUUACGGCAUUCGCAGAAUUCUUUAAUGUGGAUGAGAUAACCAAGAUGGCGCUAUGCAAAUUUUGUAGUGCAACUGUUACCCAUAAUUUUGAAUCGGUGAUAGUCCAUAUAAAAGAAAACCAUAAUGAAAGGGCAGAGGGCACCAAGAUGGAGGUUCUUGCUGAUUUGUUAAAUGAAUGUAAAAUGAGAGAGAUGAGAAAAGAGUUUGAUAAUGGUAAGAAAAGAUCAGAUUUGUCAAAAUAUGGUAAGGCCAACCAUAUCAAAUUGAACUACAAUGGUACCAAAGGAUACUGCCAGAUAUGUGAUAAAUAUUUGUCUGCAAGCAUGGUUGUCUUUGAAGAACAUUUAAAAGGAUUAAUUCACACGGGUCACCUUGAGUUGCUAGGGCUAAAGGAACCCGAUACUGCAAGAGUUCUUGUAGAAUAUACCUUAGAAAGUAUCAUGACCUAUGUUAAAAAUCUGCAAUAUGCACCAAAAACUCACACAGUUCUGAUAAAUAAUGAAUUCUAUAUCAAUAUGAAUCAUUUUCUGCUUGUCUCUCCAAUUCAAAAUGAUCCACAUUAUGUAAAAACCAAAUGUUAUGUGUGUAAUGAGCUUUUUGAGCAAGGAACAGAAGCUGAACAUUGCAUAAAAAUAUCUCACAAAGAUCAUUUUAUUGCCUCAUUGAUAAUACCAAAACCAGAGGAAUUUGUUAGAAUGAUUCGGCCUAAUCUCUUCCAUUGUGGUUUUUGCAACUCCACCUUGCCUUUUUCCAAAGGCUUAGAGAUCCAUCUACAGAGUACGAAGCACAAGAAUUUGAGAGCCGCCAAUACUGUGAUAACACCAGAUACGGAUCUAGGCAAUAUCGCACUACAAACUGUUGAAGCAACAACCUUGACUGCUGAUCAAUAUUCGGAUUUGUUACAAAAUUUUUGUGACUCUACCAGGUUUUAG